AAACUGAAAAUUUUCAAACAAACUUAGAAUUUCAAAGUGUUCCGACGAUGCUCAAGGGUUGAAACCGUUCGGUAGAUGGAGUCGUCGAGUGCAAAAAUUACGAAACAUGUGGGUCUUGCGUGGGUUUUACUUCACCGCUUGGAUCAACCUCUGGACGGCCCUUUGUUUAACCGAGGUGGACGAUAACAAUAUAAGGUCCUUGCUGACGCCGAACGAAUGGUCGCACCUGAUGGGAUUCCCCUCCGAUUCAGAAUUCAUUUACGGGAUAGCAUAUCCAAUUUUAAAUCCAAUCCCGGAGGCAGGAUCUGCCACUCGCAGCUUGGAGCUGAGUUCGAAUUCGAUCGAUGGUAAAUUGAAUUUAAACCUGUACCCGAGUCCGGGACUCGUGUCCGACGAUUUCCUGAUGCUGGAGACCUUCGCCAACGGCUCUCACAUCCUCAACCAUAAGCACCAAGACGAUGUCGGCUGCUAUUACAGAUCCGAAAAGACCGCGCUCAAUCUAUGUGGAGGUGUUAGAGGAUUGUUGAACUACGAUGAUGAGAAUGUUUACAUCAUAAAUCCGCUUCCAACGCGUUUCCAUAACGACACCUGUAGACCACACGUAAUAAUUAAGAAACCAAUAGGUUUAAUGAAACAGGACAGAAGCGAAUGCUCUCAUUUGGAAGCGAAUCAGCCGCAUCGUAAGAGAAAGAGGAAAAAUGUGGUAAUGAAGAGGAGAGAGAAAAGAUCAACGAGAGAUGCGUACAGGAAUAGGAGGAAUUUAUUUUCCACAGAAAGUCCCGUCUUUGUGGAGACUGCAGUUUUUGUUGAUCGCGAUCUCUUCGAGCAUAUGAAGAGUAAUUACCCAAUCGAUACAGAAAGAGAGCUCAUCCGCUUCGUCCUGGCUAUGAUCAACGCUGUGCAGUUGCUGUACCACGAUCCCAGUUUGGGAAGACCUGUGAAUUUCCUGCUGAAGCGUUUGGAGAUUCUGAAGGAGGAGGCAUCUGAUCUAAGCCGCUCACCGGAUAUUGACAGAUAUCUUUCGAACUUUUGCAACUGGCAGAGGACGAAGAAUCCAGUUGGAGAUCGUGAGCCUCAGCACUGGGAUCAUGCUUUGAUACUCACAGGGCUCGACCUUUAUGUGAGAGGAAAGCACGGAAAGAUCUCGAGCCAAGUAGUUGGAUUAGCACCAGUUGCAGGGAUGUGCACUACAACUAGUAGUUGUACAGUGAACGAAGGUCGACACUUUGAGAGCGUCUACGUGGUAGCCCACGAGAUAGGUCAUAAUUUGGGUAUGAGACACGAUGGUCCUUUGGCGGAUAACGAUUGCGAUCCUAGUAGCUACAUUAUGUCGCCAACGCUUGGAAGUGGGAAAAUCACCUGGUCCUCUUGCAGCAGACGAUACCUACAGAAGUUUUUAGACACGCCGCAAUCGAGAUGUUUAUUGGAUCAUGGGAGCUCUGCUGGGCAACUUGAUCACAGGGCUGAGGGUGCUCUACCUGGAGAACGCUUCGACGCUGAUCAGCAAUGUAUGCUGAAGUAUGGUAGAGGAAGUCUGCAUUCGUCGCAACAACCGUUGGACGAUGUUUGCAGGGAUUUGCACUGCGAACGCGAGAGGUACACAUGGACCUCGCAUCCUGCUCUCGAAGGAACGCUCUGCGGUCAUAAUUUAUGGUGUCGCGGAGGCAGAUGCGUAGUCAAGGGAUUAAGUAUGACUGCAUCUUACAACUCGGUGCAGGCAUCUUCAGCGCGUCUGGAGCGCGUGGACGGUGGUUGGAGCAAGUGGAGGUCGUUCAGUGACUGCGCCUCGGGAUGCCUCUUUGGGGAAGAGGGAAGGUUGCGAUCGGGAAGCACCGGGAUAAUGGUUGCAACGAGGAUGUGCAACAAUCCUAGCCCUCAGGGUACGGGCGAAGGUUGCGAUGGCGUGGAUAGGAAGUACCUGGCCUGCAAUGCUCAGCAAUGCCACAACGUUCCUAGACUGACGAUCAAGGAGUUUGCAGAUCAGAUCUGCACGCGCGCCAAGGAAGUCGACAAAGAUCUCAACGGGUUCGGCCUGCAAAGGAUUAGCUCUGAUCCGGAGGAGGCUUGCUUAGUUUGGUGCCAAAAGCGGAAUGGAGGUACCAAAAGUCGUGGAUGGACCUUUCCAGAUGGCACCGUGUGCCAAACGAGAAGAUCAAAAUACGGAAAACCCAGUCACUGCAUUAAUGGCAGAUGCGAGGAUUUUGUAUGUGAUCCUUAUGAAGAAGCGCAGUUCGCACAGAUGCCUGACUUUUGUCCCAUCGACAGAGAAGACAAUGAGAUUAUGUUCCGAACUGGUCUUCGAAGGAGAGAAGGAGCUUCCCACUGGGUGAGCGCCAGUGGGUGCCACUUCAAUUGCGUCACACCUGGCUCAGGUAUAAGGCUUGUCGUAAAUAAGUUAAAGUCGAGCCGCUCCAGCAUACAGCUGUGUCAACCAGAUCAAUACGGCUGCGGCCGAGUGAAAACCGCCUUCCAACACGCAUCGUCUGUCUGCUCGAAAUACAAGGAGAGAGUUCGACGCCUCUCGGGAUUGGGCAUGCAAAUCUCCCCGGCCUUAGAAGAUCCAGACAGACCAUGUCGUGUGGCCUGCCAAGAUGAGAGCAUCUCCCACAGAUUUUACUUGGUGAACGGAGAGGAAGGAUGGUUCCCUUUUGGAACGGACUGUAGUCGCGGAAUGAGCGAAAAAAAAGCUUACUGCAUCAAUGGAAAAUGCCUAGAAUUUGGAGUUGACGAUACUCCUGUAUCGCAAAGCGAGUUCACUUUGCCGCUUCUAUCGAGGACCAAGAGAUCAUUGCACAGAAACAGUACGAGAGUUACGGCCACGUUGCACCAGGAGGAUUUGGAUGAAAUAAUCGAUAAACUGAAUCAGACCAUCAUGGGUCAAUUGGCUGCGAGUUCCGGGAAGAAGUUCGAUAUAGACUUGAACAAUCCGAUACACGUCAAUAUGGACAUGGAUCCUGAGGCUAUGCCACAUAAAUAUUACAGACGGCACGAAUUCGAUUAUUACAAUUAUACGUGACGUACUUGUACAGAAACGUGUACUACUUAAACGUACACAAGUUUACUGCCAGUUAAGAUUAGCCCUUUUAUUUAUCUAUAAGCAUUGCCGCAAUUUUAUACAUACUAUUUAUGUAAAUACUACUGAUUUAUGUAAUAAAUAUAAUAAACCCA